UGCUCAGGACUCAGGAUGGCUGCUGCACGCCACUGCCUCUCCCUGCUGUUCCUGUCCACGUGUGUGGCUUUGUUGCUGCAGUCACAGCUGGGUGCCUCGGGGACCCCGCUGGAGCCAGUGUACCCAGGGGACAACGCCACCCCAGAGCAGUUGGCCCAGUAUGCAGCUGAGCUCCGCAGAUACAUCAACAUGCUGACCAGGCCCAGAUAUGGGAAAAGAGACAAGGAAGAAACGCCGCUGAACUUCUUGGAGUGGGGAGCCCCCAACAAGGUUGCCCCCAGGGAGCUCAGCCAGAUGGACGAGUAAGCCACCUCCUGCCUCCUCUGACUCCAAGGGCAGUGCCGGCCCAGAUCUCCCCUCCACACCCUUGGCUCUGGCCAAAGCUUGCUCCCCACUCCCACACAGGCUAAAUAAAGCAA